GUUAUUUGUAGGAAUGUGAAUAUUUAGGAGAAUAUUUAGGAGAUAAUUGAUAUUCAGUUUUUAUUUUUGGUUGUAGUAAAUUAUUUUGUUUCCUUUAUUAGCUCUCUAUAAUUUGUAUAUAUAGGAGUCUUUGUAUUAUCAAUAACAUUAAUACAAAACAGUAUUCUUAACCUAAAACACAUAUCUUAACCCUAAUUUCGCAUAAUUUACUUGUUUUUAGUAUUUUCCAAGCCUUGUCAUAAAUAGUUUGAUGAUAUGAUAUGAUGAUGCUAUGAUAUGAUUCUUCUCCUUAUUACUAAAGUCUCUAGUCUAUGCUUUCCUCCAAAUAUAAAACCUGUUGUUUAAUGUAUGUGUUAAUCAAUUUCAUAUUACAACCCUAAUUAUUAUCCAACAUUUUGAAAAUCUUGGUAAACUAUUUUUUUUAUUCUUUAAAUAGCUAACUAUGAUUAGCUCAGCAGUUUGUUGAUGACAGAACCAUAAAAGAGUACGUGCAUGCAAAUAUGCAAGUGUUCUCCAAAGUUGUUCCUGUUUGAUAUUUUUACUCUUAUUUUUUAUUCUCAUAAAAAAUAUUUCUAUUUAUGUUAUAAAUUUUGGACAUAAUUAAUCUUAUUUAUCCUUAUUUAUUAUUUUGAUAAUGUUUAUGAUUCUCAUCCAUAUAUUUUCCACUAAUAUCAUUUUAACAUUUUUAUAUUGCUUAUGUUACCUAUAUGUUCAUUAAUUUUUCUUCCAUUAAAUUUAUUAUUUAAUAAAAUAAUACAUGUACCGUUUAAAGGAUUCUAUUUUUCUUAAAUACUACUCCCUCCGUCCUCUAACGUUUUUUUCAUUUUGAAUAUUUCACUUUAAAAAGAGAGAAAUUUGAUUAAUGUUUUUGAUACAUAUUUAAAAGAUAAAAUAUAUCUAUGUGAGAUCUCGUUAGAUUCAACUUAAAGUAUACUUUUUAUCAUUUGUUUAUAAUAAUUUUUUAUUAUGUGUAUUUAAAGAUAUUAAGGUUUAAAAUUUACUUUAAAAACUGUACAAAAAAUAAACAAAAAUAAUAAAAAAGAACGAAAAAAUAUAAAUAUUCAUUGUGAAAGAGUAAAUAAUAAGCUACCGUAGAAUUAGAAACAAGGAAAAUUCUCCAUAUGCGUUAUAAUACAAUAAUAUAACACGGUAUAUACUCCGACUACGUUUAUAUUCUGACUCUGCGUCAAUUAAUGUGGAACGAAAAAGGUGAAAUUUGUCUUCUAGAGUUGUUCAUCAGCAACUAAACUUACUCUCCGACCAGGUGCAUUCUGCAAAUAUUAUAUACUCCUACUUGCAUAUCUAAUAUUCUAAACUACUACUCCCUAUCAUUCUUUUAAGUUGUCCUAUUUAGUUUGGCACCCUAUCCAAUACACUAAUUAAAUUUUAAGUAUCUCUAAUUGUGUAUAAUUAAAAAUUAUAAAAAUUUGAUAUAAAUAAAAUUUGCAUUGAGAUUAAUCAAACAAGAUCACACUUGACUAUAUUUUGACAUCUAGAUUAAGUAUAAAAUACAAAUUAAGAGUGAUCAAAAAACUAAAUGGGACAACUUAAAAGAAUUGGAGUGAGUAUUAAAUAACAUGCACGUGCCUGGUUAAGUUUACGAUUUGCUUUACAAAAUACUAUAUUUGUUCUUAUAUUCAAAGCAUCUGAUCGAAAAGGUAAAGUUUGGAGGUAGUGUCAUGAUUACGCCUACCUAUGAUUAUAUGAUUUUUUUUAUAUCUGUAACAGGGAAAACAUGGGGUUAUAUUGUUCAGAAACGCAGAAAUUAGCAGUGACACUAACAUCAGCUGUCACAGAGAGUCUUGGUUUAACUCCUAAUUAUCUUACCCAAAACAUUCAAGAUGGGAUGCAAGUUAUAACAUCAAAUUGCUACCCACCAUGUCCACAACCUCAACUAACACUUGGAUUACCUCAACAUUCAGAUUACAGUUGCUUGACUAUCCUCCAUCAGAACACAACAGGACUCGAAAUCAAGGACAACAACGACAAUGGGUCUUGGAAACUCGUACCUUUUGUCGAUGGUGCCUUACAAGUGCAUAUAGGAGAUCAUUUUGAAGUUUUAAGCAAUGGGUUAUACAAAAGUGUGGUUCAUAGGGUUGUCCUUAAUUCCGAGAAGACUAGGAUUUCGAUUGCUAGCCUUCAUAGCCUUGGUUUGGAUGAGAAAAUGGAGUCUGCUCUUGAGUUGAUUGAUGAAGAUCAUCCUAAGAAAUACAAGGGAAGUAGCUUCAAGGAUUUCUUGAAUUUUCUUAGUGUUAAUGAUAUUGGUCAAGGGAAGAUUUCUUUCCUUGACACUCUUAAAAUUUAGUGAGUGUACUACUUAAGAUUUUAUUACUUUUCUUAUUAAGAAUAUAAUGAUAUAUACAGUCCUAAGGACUGCAUAGAAUAAAAUCAAUACAAAAAUAUUUAAUGAAGGCUAAGCAUUAGCUAGAUACACCAUUAUUGUGCGAUUUACCAUCAACUAUAAAGUACUUUCAUUUUAGAGAAUGCAUUUUAUGCCAUUUAUAUAUUGUUUUUCUUUAGUUAAUUAGGAGCUCAUAUCUUUU